AUGCCCAUCACAUUGCUCCAUGUGCCACAGAUGAGGGCCGACCUCUACACGAAUGGGGACUACGUGCUUCACAUGGACUCGGACGUUAUUGUCUUCGAGGAUGUGACCUACAAGCACAUUUUUCAUCUCCAUAAGCCUGUUCUGCCAUAUCGACGAUAUCGAACCGAUGCCGGGUUUGAAGGUCUGCUGUAUACACUGUGCUGGCAGAGCGGCACUUCGUUCGCAAUGGGGGAGGACGUUCUGCAUGAGUUUAGCAUCUUCAACACCCACGUCUACCCCCGAUCGAUAUAUCCAGCUGCUCGAAAGUUCCUCACCGAGCGUCAUGACAUGUCAAUGGUGGAUUUCAUGUCCACCAGGCGAGGACGUUGCGAGCACCCCAACGAAAUGAGACAAUAUUCAGACGAAGACAAUAUGCGGAUGUUUUCUGACUUCAACUUCAUCGGUGCAUACAUGUGGUACCACAUGCAUGAUGCUGUCUUCUGGCUGCCUGCGGACCCUUACGACGCUCGCUUAGACGAUUGGCGCCCCAACCUACUCAACUACGCAUGGGUUUGCCAGGCGAAUGGGCGUCACGUUCCCAGUGAUGCCACUGGACUUGUUCAGUACGUCGCCGACCACCGCAUGGUAACGACUCUAAACCAGUGUGGAAUCGUGAGACGGUACUGGGAUGUUGCUUGGGAGCAAGACCCAGCAAUACGCACUGGGAUCGACACGGACUCGAGAGAAUGGCGCGCGGGGCUCUGACUUUGCUUUUAUUUUUUGUGGGAACCGCGCCGGAGAGCGUCGGAGAUCGCGAUGACGAAGCCAAUCGAUCCUUCCUAGGCUAAGACUGCUUCACGGAGUAGGUGCAGCUCCACGUACGUGUUGGGUUUCGUACUUCUUACCGUGUGUGUAUUCGUCCGAUAUAGUCUGGCGCCCGUCUACGCACUUCUCGGUGUAGACCACUUGGCCAGCGUCUCACAGGAGGAAGGUCGCGCAGGAGCCUGUCAGGUUGUUCCUCGUUUCUACCUGCCGAACAUGUUUCAGUUAUGAUCGCCAGAAGAAGA